AUGGCGCGCUCUCUCAUAGACCGAUCAUUCUUGAGUACAGCCCGGUGCGUCCUCUGCCAGCAAAGGGAUAACGAAUGGGAAGGACCGCCUCGACCGGACCUCCCUGCAUGCAGCACUUUGGAUGCAUGGCCUAGCGGCAUGUCUGUCUCAACAACGGCAAAUACCUAUCAAUCCGGCCAGGACAGCACGCAGAUGGCAGAACCAUCUGCGGUCGACAUACAACGCAACACAGGCCCCUUGACAAGUCACUCGGCGCAUCGCUGCCUGCCUCGGCGCCGGUCUUCCCCCCGGUUCAAGCUUGCUUGGCAGCUGCUGCAGGAUGUUGGGUUUGCGAGGGAUCGAAUCAACAAUCCGGGUCUUCUUGGCACCGUCGUGCACCUUGCGUCCAAAGGCUGGAAUCUCUUGGCAGGUCUGCCCUAUCGGUGGGAAAAGUGCAGGGUGUCUGACAGGCAGCAUCAUUUGACUGGGCCUGCGGAAUUUCAGAUUCCCAGGAGUGUCUCUCUCGGGGUCCCCACCCAGGCGCAGAAUGGCUGGAUAACGAGCAUUCAGAGUUGCACACCCAAGAUUCCCCGGUAA